CAUAAUCUCCCCGACAUCACUUUUCUUCUUCACCAAUCACUCCAAGCAUUAGUGGUAAUGGUUGCCAUUUUUGUCAUUUCAUUACCACACUCAAUGAUGUUUAACCAGUGCCCCCUUACCUUUUUGCUUAACUUUAAUCAUUUCCCUAAUGUGCUACCAUGUUUAUCUGCAAACCAUAACAUAUUCUUCCUCCCCCUAUAUCCCCAUAUCUACCCAACCUAUACCAUUCCUACACACUGCAACCCCAGUAUCUAUCUUGUCUUGUCUGGUUUCUUUUUUUAAUGAUGUCUGAACUUGAAGAAGAUUCUUUAAAGCUUCCAGUACUUGAUCUAACCCAACCUGAUAAUAUUGAAUCCUCUUUCUUGUCUUCUCUCUUAAAAGCUUGUCAAGAAUGGGGUUUCUUUUAUGUUACCAACCAUGGCAUCCCCAUUAAUCUAUUUACCAAAAUUCGUGAAUUUUCGAACCAUAUAUUUCAUCUUGGUUCAGACACUAAGCUCAAGCUUGGUCCAUCAUCUUGUCUUAAAACAUAUACUCCCCAUUUCAUUGCUUCUCCUUAUUUCGAAAGCUUAAAAGUAAGUGGACCGGAUUUCUUUGAUUCUUCUAAAGCUUCCAUUGAUGAACUCUUUGGCCAGCACAAGCCUGAAUUUAGUGAGAUAUUACAAGAGUAUGGGAACCAUAUGAUGAAGUUGUCAAAAAAGAUCAUUGAGAUCAUAUUAAAGAGUUUAGGAACCGGUUACGAAAAAAGGUUCCUUGAUUCGGAAUUCGGGAACUGUCACGGAUACAUGAGGAUAGUGAACUACACGCCACCAAGCAACGUUGAAGAAAACCAAGUCGAAGGGCUUGGAAUGCAUACCGACAUGAGUUGCAUAACGAUUGUGUUUCAAGACGAGCUCGGCGGCUUACAGAUGAGAUCGAAAGACGGUAAGUGGUUAAACAUAGAUCCGUGCAAGAAUUCAUUAGUAGUUAACAUAGGAGACCUAAUGCAGGCAUGGAGCAACGGACGAUUACGAUCGUCCGAACACCGGGUUGUUUUGAGACGGUCCCGGAACCGGUUUUCGUUAGUGUUCUUUUGGUGCUUUGAAGAUGAAAAGGAAGUUAUUGCACCAAAUGAAAUUGUGGGAAAUGGUAACCCUAGAAUUUACCAUCCAUUUGUUUGCUUGAAAUAUAUAAAGUUUAGGGAAAGUAAUGAGGUAGGUAAAUUUGAGAAAAUUGGCUACACCGUAAAAGAUUUUGCUGGGUUAAAUGUUUAACCAUUGCAUUUACCUUUGAAUGUCAGCAGUAAAAUAGUUGUAAUGCAUUUUAUCACUGAAUCUUUGUUUCUAUAAGACAAAAAGUUUUGCCUAAA